GCCAUUCUUCGUCGGGUAUUUGGGACAAAAUGAUGCAGCGAUUACCUCUGAGGUCGCUGCGAGCGCCGCCGUCAAGAGCGUUAGCGACGUCGGCCAGCCCAACGCGGCAGUCACUGAAAAUUGGGCUGAUCCCCGGAGACGGGAUCGGCGUCGAAGUGAUUCCUGCUGCAAAGGCAGCCAUUGUAGCCCUGGGCUCAGACAUCCCCAAGCCCGACUUCGUAGACCUUGAUGCUGGGUUCGAGUGCUUCACCCGGACUGGAGUUGCUUUGCCCGAGGAGACUGUUCGGGUUCUCGAGGAAGAAUGUGAUUGCGCCAUCUUCGGUGCUGUUAGCUCUCCAACUCGGAGGGUAGUUGGGUACUCGUCCCCCAUCGUCGGCCUCCGCAAAAGACUGGAUCUCUACGCUAACGUUAGGCCGGUCACGUCUGUCGCAGCAGAUCCUAACGAGAAGCCUGACGUCGAUCUCGUAGUCGUGCGGGAGAACACCGAAUGUCUCUAUGUCAAGCAAGAGGAGCUCAAGCACACAGAAAAUGGCAAGGAAGCCAGGGCUACGAGGCUCAUUACCGAGCGGGCGUCAAGACGGAUAGGUCAGAUGGCCUUUGACAUCGCACUCGGUCGCCCUCGCAAGCAUCUUACAGUUAUCCACAAAUCCAAUGUCCUCUCAGUGACAGAUGGUCUCUUCAGGGAGACCGUUCGUGAAGUGCCCACUCUGCCUGAGGUCAAUGGGAAGUACAAUGAUGUCCAGGUGGCGGAGCAGAUAGUUGACAGCGCUGUAUACCGGUUGUUCCGUGAACCUCAGAUAUACGAUGUUAUGGUCGCGCCCAACCUGUAUGGCGAUAUCCUGUCAGACGCGGCCGCCGCUCUCGUAGGCUCGCUAGGACUCGUGCCAUCCGUCAACGCAGGAGACAAAUUCAUCAUGGGCGAGCCUGUGCACGGCUCGGCUCCCGACAUCCUCGGCCUCGACAUCGCGAAUCCGCUGGCGUCCAUCCGGUCGGCUGCGCUGAUGCUGCGGUUCCUCGGAUACGUCAAGGGCGCCGACAGGAUAGACAGGGCAGUGGACGAGGUGAUCAGGGAGGGGACAGUUCUUACGCCUGAUUUGGGCGGGAAGGGGAAGACUUCGGAGGUUGUGGAGGCCGUCUUGAAGAAGAUAUGAUGUGAUCAGCUGUCUGUUAUGGAAAGUAUAAUGCACAUGGUGUAACCAGGUUAUUGACGAUCAAGGUAUUGGAUACUGAUGUGAAUCUAUAUCGGCCGUGCGAUAUACAUUGGUGCUGUGUCAGAGGCGACACUUCGCGCAGAAAUGGG